AUGGGAGACGAAGUUAAGCUAACCAAAAAGCAGCUCAAAGCGCAGCAGUUCCGUAAGUCUAAGGAUACGAAAGAGGACGAAAAAAGCGCAAAACGGACUGCGGACGAUGUAAAGGAGGCAAAUAAAGACGUCACUUCGGGUGAUGAAGCGCCUAAGAAGAAGCGUAAAACACGUAGAGGAAAGGGUGGCAAGGGGAAAAAGGGUAACAGAUUCCUCAUAUUUGUGGGUAACCUUCCGAAAGGCACAACUGAUGUUGAACUAAAAGCACAUUUUAAGUCGAGCUCUCCAGAUGAGAUUCGUGUAAGGCCCGACAAAAAUAUCGCGUUUUUGGAAUUCGACGCAGACAAGGACCAGAAAAACAUUCAGUCACGUAUGGAUGUCGCGUUGCUACAACACAAGACCGAGAUGAGCGGUCGAAAAAUUAAUGUGGAGUUAACCGUAGGCGGUGGCGGGAACAGUGAAGCCCGCCUGGAGAAGCUAAAGAACAAGAAUUUAAAGAUGGACGAUGAAAGGAGAGUAAGAACUACCAAAAUGAUUCUAGACAGUAAAAAUAAGGCUGCCAAAGAGGCGCCAAAGAAUACGGAGCCGGUUGAACUUGCGAACGGAAUCCACCCUGAUCGUUUGAAAAACAUGAAAUGA